CGGAGAGAUCCAGUUGGUACAAACUGCUCACACUGAGGGAGCCCAAGCAAAGCUCAGCCGGGAAGGCGAACCGCAGCCCAGCCGGCCCGGAGGUCAUUUGAUCACCUCCCCUGACCCCUCGGCCCCUCCAGACCAUGGAUGUGCAUCUGUUUGACUAUACAGAGCCUGGGAACUACUCUGACAUCAACUGGCCAUGCAACAGCAGCGACUGCAUCAUGGUCGACACAGUGCAGUGCUCUGCCAUGCCCAAUAAAAGCAUCCUGCUCUACAUGUUGUCCUUCAUCUACAUUUUCAUCUUUGUGAUUGGCAUGAUUGCCAACUCUGUGGUGGUCUGGGUGAACAUCCAGGCCAAGACCACAGGCUACGACACCCACUGCUACAUCUUGAACCUGGCCAUCGCUGACCUGUGGGUCGUCAUCACCAUCCCCGUCUGGGUGGUCAGUCUGGUGCAGCAUAACCAGUGGCCCAUGGGAGAGCUCACGUGCAAGGUCACGCACCUCAUCUUCUCCAUCAACCUCUUCGGCAGUAUCUUCUUCCUCACCUGCAUGAGCGUGGACCGCUACCUCUCCAUCACCUACUUCACCAGCACCUCCAGUCGCAAGAAGAAGAUGGUGCGUCGUGUUGUCUGCAUCCUGGUAUGGCUGCUGGCUUUCUUCGUGUCCCUGCCCGACACCUACUACCUGAAGACGGUCACAUCUGCUUCCACCAACGAGACCUACUGUCGGUCCUUCUACCCCGAGCACAGCAUCAGGGAGUGGCUGAUCGGCAUGGAGCUGGUCUCUGUCAUCUUGGGUUUUGCAGUUCCUUUCACCAUCAUCGCCAUCUUCUACUUCCUGUUGGCCAGAGCCAUCUCAGCAUCCGGUGACCAGGAGAAGCACAGCAGCAGGAAGAUCAUCUUCUCCUACGUGGUGGUCUUCCUGGUGUGCUGGCUGCCAUACCAUGCUGUGGUCCUGCUCGACAUCUUCUCCAUCUUACACUACAUCCCAUUCACUUGCCAGCUGGAGAACGCGCUCUUCACGGCACUGCACGUCACACAGUGCCUGUCUCUGGUGCACUGCUGUGUCAACCCAGUGCUCUACAGCUUCAUCAACCGCAACUAUAGGUAUGAGCUGAUGAAAGCCUUCAUUUUCAAGUACUCAGCCAAAACGGGCCUCACCAAGCUCAUCGAUGCCUCCAGGGUGUCAGAGACGGAGUACUCCGCCCUGGAGCAGAGCACCAAGUGACCACGUGGCAGAGGCUUGGGGACGUGUGCUUGUUGUGAGAAAGGCGCUGGGCCUCGUGGUUUCUAGAGGAAAGCCAAGUAGCUUCGGGUCUGGCUUGAGUGGCGCUAAGAGAAGACAGAUGGUCGUCGCCUGGCUGUUCAUUCAGUUUGCAUCAGGCAGAGCUGUGCCAUGCCGCCAGCAUCAGACCAGACUCACCGUGUCAUCUGUAGAGUAGAACCUUCUGUGUUUCCUAAAGUUUUUAUCUGGUGUCUUGUAUUUAAGUUUUAAGACUUUAUUUUCUCACUAUGGUAUACCUUAUAAAUGUAUUUGAAAGUGAAAUAUAUUUUAAAUAUUGUAUGGGAGGUAUAAUGCUAUUGUAUUCAGCUCAUGUAGAUCUAAGAUUAGCUUGACUUCAGUUUUGACUAAAGAUGACAUUGUUAGCUGGGUCGA